UUCAGGAGUAGUCGCUGAAGUUUUGAUCUUCAUGAACAACAUAUACUAACUCUCUAGGCAGCAGCUAUGAAUUUUCAGCAAGACAAGUUUGUUAGAUUUCAGGAUUGGAGCUCGGAGAAGAGUUCCGAGAGCAACUAUCCCACACUUAAUGGAACACGAUCGGGGAGAAUCAGAGCCACAUUUGGUUCGGUUUCAAAGAAGUUUCAAAGGGGCUUUGAGUCUAGUUCGGAAAGGAUAAAGAGAAUUAGGAAAUCCUUCAAAUCUUUGCCCUAUAACAAUGUUCUUGCUAAGAGUUUCAGUUCUAGAAAGAAAAUCCUUGAUCCGCAAGGCCCUUUCCUUCAAAGAUGGAACAAGAUAUUUGUAUUGUCUUGCCUUAUUGCUGUAUCACUGGAUCCUUUGUUCUUCUAUGUCCCCGUGAUCGAUGAUGACAGGAAAUGUCUUUCACUGGACAAAAAAAUGGAAAUUACAGCAACAGUUUUGAGAUCUUUCUCUGAUAUUUUUUAUAUAAUCCACAUAAUUUUCCAAUUUCGUACCGGAUUCAUUGCUCCCUCUUCCCGAGUCUUUGGAAGAGGGGUUUUAGUUGAAGAUUCUUGGGCAAUAGCUAUGAGGUAUCUGUCAUCAUACUUCCUAGUUGACAUUCUUGCCGUUCUUCCCCUCCCACAGGUGGUGAUCCUAAUUAUCAUUCCAAAGAUGAAAGGGUUUGAAUCAUUGAAUACAAAAAACUUGCUGAAGUUUGUGGUCUUCUUCCAAUAUGUGCCACGGUUCUUGAGAAUAAUUCCAUUAUAUAAAGAGGUUACAAGGAGCUCUGGCAUUCUAACUGAAACAGCUUGGGCUGGAGCUGCAUUUAAUCUGUUUCUUUACAUGCUCGCAAGUCAUGUUCUUGGUGCCUUUUGGUACUUGUUUUCUAUAGAAAGAGAAACCACAUGCUGGCAAAAUGCCUGUCGAAGAACCAAGUGUAACAAGGCAGAAAUAUACUGUGAUGAUUAUCGGGGCUCAAUCUCGACAUUAUUAAAUAAUUCUUGCCCGAUACAGCAGCCAAAUACAACACUCUUCGAUUUUGGAAUAUUCCUUGAUGCCCUUCAAUCUGGCGUUGUGGCGUCAGAAGAUUUCCCACAGAAAUUCUUUUAUUGUUUUUGGUGGGGCCUUCAGAAUUUGAGUUCUCUUGGGCAGAACUUGAAAACGAGUACCUAUGUAUGGGAGAUCUGCUUUGCAAUCUUCAUUUCUAUUGCUGGUUUGGUACUGUUUUCAUUUCUCAUCGGAAAUAUGCAGACAUAUCUGCAAUCAACAACAACCAGGUUGGAGGAGAUGAGAGUGAAAAGGAGAGAUGCAGAACAGUGGAUGUCUCAUCGCUUACUCCCCGACAGCCUGAGAGAGAGAAUCAGACGACACGAACAGUACAAAUGGCAAGAAACCAGAGGUGUUGAUGAAGACAAUUUGAUCCGCGAUCUUCCCAAGGAUUUAAGAAGGGACAUUAAACGUCAUCUUUGCUUGGCUUUGCUGAUGAGAGUGCCAAUGUUUGAGAAAAUGGAUGAGCAACUUUUAGAUGCAAUGUGUGACCGUCUCAAGCCAGUGCUGUACACAGAAGAAAGCUGCAUUGUCCGCGAAGGAGAUCCGGUUGACGAGAUGCUCUUCAUAAUGCGAGGAAAGCUAUUGACUGUGACAACAAAUGGUGGGAGAACAGGUUUCUUUAACUCGGAAUAUCUAAAGGCCGGAGACUUCUGUGGAGAAGAGCUCCUCACAUGGGCACUAGAUCCUAAUCCCUCAUCCAAUCUUCCCACCUCAACUAGGACCGUCCAAACUCUUUCAGAGGUGGAAGCAUUCGCUCUAAAGGCCGACGACUUGAAGUUCGUUGCAUCUCAAUUCCGGCGACUUCACAGCAAGCAGCUUCGCCACACUUUCAGGUUCUACUCGCAGCAAUGGCGCACUUGGGCUGCUUGUUUCAUACAAGCGGCGUGGAGGCGUUACAGCAAACGGAAGCUGGAAGAGAGUCUUAGGGAAGACGAGAAUAGGCUGCAAGAUGCAUUGGCCAAGGCUGGUGGUAGCUCACCGAGUCUUGGCGCCACAAUAUAUGCAUCUAGAUUCGCAGCGAAUGCUCUUAGAGCUAUUCGUAGAAAUGGUACUAGGAAGAGCCGGGUGCCAGAGAGAUUAC